AGUUAAGUAAGUCAGUGAAAUGUAAGCUGAGCCAGGCCUAAGGGAUGACAUUGCUGUUGGUGCUGACUAGCGGGAUGGACGUGUACCCUGUCACGGCUGCUGCCAAACCCCUCCCAUAAACACUACUGGACGUUUUCCCAAGACUUGUACUAGACUAGGUCUGCUAGUGAAUCUCUGAGGUAUCUCUUGGACCUGACCUGCACGGAAGGAGACCGCAUGGUAUUUUUAAAGAACACACUGCUGAAGGAGCUCUCUGUGCAUAUCUGAUGUCUCCAUUUAAAAGUGACCAUGGCUGAUGAAAUCUCACCAGUGAUGUCUGAAAGUAGAAGCACAAUCAAUCCUUCCUCCUCAGAUGGACAUAUCUGUGUUAACACAAAUAUUGGGAAGACUAUAACAUCAAUUGGCAGCUUUUGUGACGGUAUGAACUCAUUUUCAGAGAACACCGACAAUGGAAUCCUUUAUCUGAACCCUCAAACACCAAACUGGUCUCUUGUGGAGAAGUUAACGGAGCAUUCACCUGGAGAGAAAUUAGGACUUAAUGAUGACCUGGACCACAGCAAACAAGAGUUUGCUACAGAGAACACAGAAAUACGUGUAUCCAAUGAAAAGCUCUUAGAUGCUGCACUGAAGAAGAAAAGGAACUGCACAAAGCACCUCAAAAGCAGUAAGAUACAAAAAGAUGCCUCAGUCCCUCAGAGAGUGUCUAAGCUCAAAGAACGAAAUGUUGAGGAUAAUUUGUCUUGUGGAAAUGGUAAUCACACCAAAAAGAAAGUCAUCAGUUGUCCCAUUAAGAAAUCAAAUAAAAAGUCUAAAGACAGUAAAAGCCCUCGACUUUUGGUGGCAAUGAAAAAACGUAGUGAAGUUGACACAGACCAGCGUCCCUUCAAGUGCACACAUUGCCAGUGGGCUUUUAAGAAGCUAUGCAACCUGCAGAGUCACUUACAAACACACACUGGCCUCAAGCCGCAUGUGUGUGAUAUAUGUGGCAAAGCCUACUCUCAUCAGGGCACGCUGCAGCAGCACAAGCGUCUACACACAGGUGAAAGACCAUAUCACUGCCCCUUCUGUGUCAAGACCUAUAUCUGGUCCUCAGAUUACCGUAAGCAUAUCCGCACUCACACGGGUGAGAAGCCCUACGUCUGUGACACCUGUGGGAAGGAUUUCAUUCGCUCCUCUGACCUGCGAAAGCAUGAGCGGAACAUGCAUACCAACGACAAGCCCUUCCCAUGCAAGCACUGUGGCAAGACCUUCAAUAAACCCCUUUCCCUGCAGCGACAUGAGCGUAAGCACCUCGGAGAAAGGCCCUUCUCCUGCCCUGACUGUGGGAAGACCUUUGCUUUGGCCAGUCGAAUGGCAGAGCACAGAAAAAUUCACAGUGGAGUGCGCCCGUUUGUCUGCUCAGUUUGCUCCAAGGGUUUCACAAAGUCUUCCAACUUGGCUGAACACGAGGCCAUUCACAGCGGAGAGCGACCUCAUAAGUGUACUGAGUGUGGCGUGGCGUUUGCCAUGGCCUCCCGCCUCGUUCGUCACCAGUACGUCCACAGUAAAGAGAAACCACACAGCUGUACAGGCUGCAGCAAGAACUUUUGCCACUUAGCCACAUUGAAGCUUCACCAGGAGCAAACCUGUGCUGGGAGGAUCUUUGUUUGCGUGGACUGUAACAAAUCCUUCCAGUGUGCAACAAAGCUUGCACAGCACAUGCUGAACCACAAAGACAAAAAUGUCUGAAUAUGUGAAAACACACAUACUGUUUACAUCCAUCCCUGAGCUGACUCUUUCCACACUGAUUGUUAAGUUCUAUAAACUCACAGUGGUGUAGUUAUGUCAGUUAUGCAGUUUCAGACACUUCGGAUCCAUUCAAGGUCAUAGGGCACCAGUUUAUUUAUAUGAAAGUAUGUCUGUAUAAUAUAUGAACCUUAGUUCUGAAACUUCCUACGCACACUCCAUGUUGUUCAUAAUACUGUGUUCCCAUGAGACUGUUUAAGGACAUGAAUUACCACACAGACACAACAUUGGCACUGGAACUGAUGGCUUAACGGUGUAAUGCUUAAAGCCAUACAAGAGUAUUAAGAUUGCAAUUGCAGUCUGUACAACAUUGCUGCGUUGCAUAUUUGAAAUAUUGUAAGUUUAUCCCUGUGAAUUUCUACUAAUGAUAUACUUGCAUGUCUGUUUUAUUCUGAAAAUGAAUAUCAUGGUGAGCCAAACUGACUCAGUUUAAUUAGGAAAGGUACUGAGCAUUGCAUUUCAGAAGGCUCAUCACUUCCUCGCCUUGAGAUCAUGGACACACAGAAAUUCAAAUACCUAACUAUAGCACCAGUGUCAUUAACACACAUGCAUACACAACAUCUUUGAGAAGUAAUGCUUAUUAUGGACCCUGAUGUCCUGACAGAACUGGUGGAUACUGGAGUUGCAGUAUCUACUUCGUAUACCAAGGGACACAUCUUUACAUUAACAUUAAUAGAUCAGAGUUUAAAUGGUUUAAAGUGCUUUUUACAUUACUAGUCACUUUCACCUAUUCAUCCACUGAUGGCAGAGGCUGCUAAGUAAAGAGCCCAAGGACACUUAAGCAUGUGGACAGUGGAACCUGGGAUGGAACCCCUUGUUCUUCUGACAGAGAGAUGCCCGAUUCUGUCUCUGAGCCGCAGUUUGAAGUUUGGUAUAAGGUAAAACUUGACUUCAUGGGCGAAUGUUCAGGUGAAUGACAGAGCACCAGCCGUGUAUUACAAUUUCUGAAUGCAGUAACAAAAUCUCAAGGCACAUGUUAGUUGAGUCUUUAGAUAUUAUGUGUCGGUUUAUCCUGAAGUUCAUUGUACAUAAUAUGCCAGAUUUACAUCUACUGUGCUCUAAAUAUAGUAUGCCCUUUGCCAGCUUGCGCAUGUAAGAGGUCAAGCUCUAGUGGAGUAAAGAGAAACAUUAUUGUACAAUCGUAAGUGAAAGUGGUGAAAAAAACUGAACUUGUAUCUUAAUAAUACAUUUUUUAAACAUACUAAUUCCAAAUUAAAACAAUAAGCCUUCUUAUUACAAUGUUUACCAAAUGUUCCUUAUAUUUCAUUCAAGGACAUCAGAUUUAUGCAGCAGAACGUUUUUUUGAAUGACUCUUUGGCCCGUAUCUGCAUCAGAAAUCAACCCAUUGAUUGGACUUUAUUAUUUAUCUUUCAAACUCUCUCCACAGUAAUUAAUUAAUACAUUUUUGGCAGGCAGUCAGCAGUGACUCCCCUUCUGCCUGCCAGUGAGUGCUGAAUUCCAGGCCAAUAUGUCCCUCUUACACUUGGCAACUGCCGACUAAUGGUAAAAGGAGAUGGCACCUGCCAUGUAGUCACAUACUUUAGUACAUCAAGCGAGACCCCUCUGGUACCCCACUGCUGGCUGGAUGCAUUUCAACAGUUGUGAUUUUGUUUUUGCUGUUAUCAGAAAUAGAAAUAAUAAAAAAUACAAAUAAAUAAAAGCUAGGGUGUAAAAGGAGGGUAUAAACAUUUAAUAAUACUGAGAAAUUACUCUUGUAUAAAAUUACACAGAUGAACUGAUAAUUAAUACAUGUCUUGUGCUGGUACAGAGGUACAAAAAAUACAUCAAGGUUAAGGGUUAUACAUUAAGCAAAAAAACAUAUGACAUAUGAAAAUAUCUCAAUUACAUUAAAACAUGUGUACAAUGAC